ACAACAACUGAUAAGAUCAUUAUUUAUAAUUAAACAAAUUUAUUCACAAAAAGUUAAAUUUUUGUAAAACUUAACCACAGGAUAAGCUUACACAUAAUUUUAGAUGGAUUGAAAAAAACAGGAUGAAUCUGACAGUAAUCCUUAUAAAAUGCAUUUAACUGAGAAAUGCAAGUUUGUACAAGUUUUAAAUAUCCCAACGCUUCUUCAGGAUUGGGUUUACAAACAAAUCAAAAAAGCAAAAGGCAGAUUUACUUAAUAAUGAAAUAUCCCCAUUCGAUGCAAUAAGAAAUGUUUCAGCUAAACACUCACAUUUCGUCAAGUAUCUUGCUUUAGAAGGUUCAGUCAAUCAAAGUUUAACCUACCUUCCAUCAACGGUCAAAAUGAGUUUGCAGUGGCCUGAUCAAGAAAAAUCAGAUAUAUUUGAUUCCAAUGAAACAAAAAAUUCAACAGUGUGUUCAAACGAAUGUGUUAAUCCUGAAGAAAGUAGCUACAAGAAUGACAACUGUACUAAUGUGAUGAUUCAACCACCUAAAUGUGGACAGAGAAGUUCUAGUGUUACACCAUCAGAUAGGUUUUCAGAAACAUCUAGUGAUAGAAACAUAGAAUCUUGUUCGACAUGCGAGAAAGUUUAUCCACCAACUCCUGUUGCCUCCAAAUCUACCGUGCUUCUCCGUCGCCCAAGAACUCCCACUUUAGGAAGAGCUGCUUUAUUUGUUCGUGCAUCAUAUAUGGGUGUGGAUAAGUCAGGAACACCAACUAGUUUAUCAUUCUCAAAACAAAGUACAAAACGAGAUACUGUGUUAUCAAAUGAUUCUCAUUUCAGUGAUUUUCCGAAUUUAUCCAGUACACAGUCAGGUUUUAUUAGUCGUAGUUCAAGUCUAAACUCUGAACUCAGGGAAUUCAAUCAAAAUACACAGCAAAGUUUUAACCGAUUAUCUGUUAAAAAUAACUCAUCACAAACUAAUUUACAACCAUUUAAUCUGAAUGGACGUCAGUAUGAAACGAAAAUUCCAAAAGCUACAUCGAGUAGAUAUAAUUGUCAUGCUUAUGAUACUGUUCCGUUGGAUAAACUUGAAUGUUUGAAAUUACUUCCUUCAGUACAAAUGUUGAGUAAAAGUUCUGAAGUAAAUUCAGAAUCAUCAAAUUUAGCAUUUAUCAAAUCAUCUGAUAAUGUUCCAACUACAAUUUCUUCUUUACAUGGAGAUCAAAAACUACAUUCACAUACUAGUGAAUAUAACACUGAACAAAAUCAAACUCAAGUGAUAGAAUCUAAUAUUUUGCAAGAUACAAGACAUCCUGUUGAUAUGUUGAUUACAUCAUCUUCAGAAACUGAAGUAUCAGUUGUGACUCACAAAAAACCAAUAAAAUAUGAAUCUAACCGUACUUUGGAAAUCUCUAAUCUCCAGCUAAAUCCACAAUCCUUUUCAAAAAAUUGUAGCAAUAUUUCAAAUUCACGUAAAUCAGUUGAAAUUCCAAAAGCUUCAGUGCAACCUAUAAGACAGAAACCUGUCAAGACUAUCAAUGGAGCAGAAUUACCGACUUCACCAAGAUCUCGUAGUUCACAAAAAUCAAUUCAUCCAUUUUAUUCAAAAUCAAAUAAAAAUUUAACAAAAAAAUUCAGUGAAUCAAUUAGUAACACUGAAACCAGUACUGAAAUACCGUUUCCCAAACAUAACUUAGAGUAUACUAAACAGUUUCAAAAUGAAACAAUGAUCGAUCAUUCAGUUAACAUUGGAUCAUUUGUUUUACGCAGACGUGCUAAACCGGAAUUGGAAAAUGAACAACACAAAGAUGUAUCACUUCGAAUAUCCAUACAAGAAGUUAAAAAUCUUUCAGCUAAAGGACGAUACUUUUGUGAAAUAUGUUUGGAUCGUACAUUAUAUGCGCGUACCACCAGUAAACUGUCAGAUGGAACUGUAUUCUGGGGGGAACAAUUUGAUUUAAAUAAUUUGCCUAUAAUAUCCAUUAUGACAAUAAAUUUAUUCAGGCAAGCAACUUCUGUAAAAGACAAACGACAAAGGAAUAAAAAUCAGAAUCAAUUUAUCGGUUAUGUUACUAUUCCACUAAACGAUGAUUCACAACAAUGUGAGAUACAAAAAUGGUUUACGAUGCAACCUCCACAAACUAAUUCAAAUUUAAAUUAUCUAGAAAAUUUACAAGUUCGUCAUCAACAACAAACAGAUACAAAUCAAACACCAUCGACCAAUUCUUCAAAUGUUGUAUCAGGACGAUUUCGUAAACAUUCGAUUCCGGCUUCAUGUUUUGGAUAUUCUAAUUCAUUUUCAGUUAUACCCAAUUCACAGUAUACUACUAAUAGUAAUCAUAAAUUAAAUGAUGAUAAUGAACUAAAGUAUAACCAUAUGGAACUAUCAAAGAAGAAAUGUUCAUGGACUGCUGGUGUCAGUACAGAUAGUAAUUUUAAUAAAACUAAUAAAAUUAUUCCUAAAUCAUCAUCGUCUACAUCAAGUGCUACUUCACCAAAUCUUUCACCUAAUAGUAAUUCAGUUACAAAUAAUUUUAUUUUACCUGAAAAUUCUUUACCUCAACUAAGAAUGAUGAUUCAUUAUCAAACAGUUGAUAUUCUACCGAUUGCUUGUUAUAAUGAAUUAAAAGAGUUCAUCAAAACAAAAUAUUUAGAUUUAAUCAGAAACUUGGAACUUAAAUUAUCAGCUAAACAAAAAGAAGAAUUGACCAGUUGUUUUGUAAAUAUUUUUGAAAAAUUACCAGAUUUAUCUGUAGCGGAAUUUUUAUCAGUACUACUUCGUGAAGAUUUAAGUAGUAAUGGAAAAGAAUCUAUGAUAUUUCGAGCUAACUCAGCAGGAUCAAAAGCAAUGGAAUGUUAUAUUAAAUUAGUGGGAACUGAUUAUUUACGAUACAUUCUUGGUCCAGUAAUCGACCAAUUACUUGUUAUUGGAGAUGACUUCGAAAUAGAUCCUUCUAGAUUAGGAGCUUCUAAUGAUUCAUCUACUGCAUCAAACAACCGAAAUACAUUAUCUGCUAUACUAGAAAGAAAUCGUACUGCUUUACUAAAAAAUGUUGCAAUGAUCUGGCGAAGAAUUGAAUCAAGUCAAUGUAAACUACCGAAAGAAUUACGUGAUGUUUUCACUGCACUAGCAUUAACAAUUGAAGAAACACAUGGAGUUCAAUCAGCGGCACAUUUAAUUUCAAGUUGUUUAUUUCUACGUUUUAUUUGUCCAGCUAUACAUGGUCCAGUAUUAUUUGGUUUAACAUCAUCUAUACCAGAAAAUAAUCGUAUUUCUAGAAAUUUAACAUUAAUUGCAAAAGUUUUACAAAAUUUAGCUAAUUUAACAUUAUUUGAAGAUAAAGAAAUUCAUAUGAAAGUAUUAAAUUCAUUUAUUGAACCAGAAAUACCAAUCAUGUAUAAAUUUCUUCGAUCAAUUGCUUCAAAUACCGAUUCUAAUUAUCAUUUAUCAACUAAUUCUGAUUGUCAUGAAUUUAUUGAAUUAGGAUAUGAAUUUGCAAAACUGACUCAAUUACUUAAUCUUUAUAUUAAUCAAAUUAAUAUUACACCACAAAUUGCUGAAUUACCAGACCUACUACAGAAUAUUUCAGAGUUAUUAAAUAAUCAAACCUUUACAUCAUGGAAUCAUAAAAGUCAGACCAGUUUUGAAAGAAACACAAAUUGUAAUUCACAUUCUUCUAGAAGUGGAAUACCAAGACAUCAUAGUCUCUCAAACAAUAAUCCUAUUUCGGGUGUUGAUAACAGAAGGCAAUCAGAAGCGACUACCAUCAUAAAACCAUCACUGACUAAGUUACACGUAGACAGAAAACUAUCACCGGAAGCACCUAUAAAUGUAAAACCAAUACAUAAUCAACAAGAGCCUAAUAAUAAUGCUACUUCAAAUAGUUCAGCUAAUAGUAAUGAAUUUAUUUCAAAUACAAAACAAGAAAAAUCGUGGGAUACAUUUAUUAUACAAAAAGAAUAUUUACCAUGUAAAUUUAAUUCUGCCGAUAUGAUAUUUAAACAAAUACACAUAAAUGACAUUGAACAGUCAGAAAACAUGGAGGAGUUAUUAAGUCAAUAUCGUGAACAAUUACGUCAGUUAAAUGAUUGUAUUGAAAAAGUUGAACCGAAUUGUUGUCAUCACCCAAAUUUAUCUCAUGCUUUAAGUCAUUCUACACAAUCUGUACAUAGAAUUAGAAACCCUUCAAAUAGAAUUCCUAAUAAUAAUGCCAAUAUCAAUGGAAAUAAUAACCAUAUAAACAACGGAAGAUCUGAUAGAAAUUUAUCAAGACAAAGUACUGAUGAGAAUAGUUAUCGUCAAGUAAAACGAAAAAUAAUAAAUUCAAAAUCCGAUAAUUCAACACCUAUACCGUUAGAUCGUGUGUUGAAAAAAGCGCAGUGUCCAUAUCAAAAUUCAGACAAAACGAAUAAUAAUUCAAUAAGUAAAGAUGAUGAUGAUGAUGAUGACGAUGGAGAUGAAGAUGAAGAUGAUGAUAAUUAUACCAGUGAGUGUGCUAUUGGUAGAACAUUAGUUCCUACUCAUUCUGCAUCUAUAACUAUUGAUCGUUCAAGUACAAGCGAUAGUGAUUAUGACUAUGACGAUUGUGAUGAUAGAAUCACAGAAUGUACUACUGAAGAUACAAGUGAAUACACAAAGAAAACAACCACAAAAAAUAACAAACCAAGAAGAAUUUCCGCAAGACAAAAUCAUUUGUCUGAAUCUCCAAGUCUGGAUCAAUUAGCUGAAAAUAUAAAAUACAUUUGCCGAAAGAUAUCGAAAUUUUAGGUGAGUUUUCAUGUUACUAAUCCUCACUAUGAAACAGAUCUCGGUGGAACCCACAUCAUAUCCAUUAGAACUGUAGUGAAAAACUCCACUGUUUUGGGAGAAGUUACUUAUCAUAUUGUAUUUACAUGUUAUGGAUAUAUUAUGCAUCGAUACAUAUAUUAAACAACUAAGAUAAUUAUGUGGUAAUAACUAGACAGGUCGGUUAUUAUUUGUGGUACAGGUAUCAGAACGAAAGUACUCUAAUAAUAUUCAGCGUUUAAAUAUACCUAUGGUAUGAGAAAUAAACAAUCUCGGUGAUGAUCAAUUGAUUUCCCAGUGUUUUUAGUAACCGUAGGAAUCAUGUUAAGAAAACCCUUUAAGUUAACCUAUUUACUAGCAUAUCCAUGCUUUAGUGUACAUGUAUUUGGCAUUGAAUAUUCUGCUAGAGAAUUUAGACUCUUUAUGCAAGUUGAUAGCUAAUAUAAAUUGCAGUAACAACAUUCUUCAAAUUAUGCUUGAAGAAAUUUAAUUUUCUUAUGAUUAUAAAUAUCAAUUAAUCACUCGAUAAGAUGAUAAUGAUACCACUGAAAGUCCUUGAAUAUUAGCUGUAUUCGCGUAACAUUAUCAGUUGUCCUGACUUUGAUCACACGAUAAUUGUUCUCGUUUGUAACGCUAUAGUGAAUGGGAACACCAGUGGAGACAAUCAAAUGUAUUUGAAUACAAAAUUACAGAAUAUCUUAGUAAAAUCUCAGAAUCAUACAGUAAAUAAUUCAUUAGCAAAAAUGUCAGUCAAUUGUCUCAGACUUGAUUGUUCCUUCAUUUUCACAUCAAUCACUAUCUGUUCUUGUUCUCUUCUAUUCGAUCUUCUCAACCUUCUGCCAUAAGAUUGAUCUUAACUCGGCUUUUGUGGUGUUGUAUAAAAGUGUAAAAGUGCGUAUACUAAGGUUUAUUAAAGCCUUAGCCGUACUAAAAUUCAAACUCCCUUUGUGUAUUCAGAAACAGUUUGUUCUCACCUUAAAUCUACCCUGGUAACAUUGGCUAGGGGUGUGUUCACAUUAUUAUUAUUACUCUUAUCAUUAUCCCUAUCUCCUCUUACCCCGUUUCCAGUCUAGUUGACUAUUUAUUUUUAUAUAUAAAUGUUCUUAACAAGUAUAUGUGUGACCAGAUUGUUCGAAAUGUAUUGCGCAAAUAUAUCACAUAGUUCUGCUAAUCUUCGUCUUCUUAUUACACUAUCGAAAUUUAUCAAACGGACUAAUUGCUUUAAUAAAAUAUACUUUCGUACUGUAUCGAUUUUCUUAAAAAAAUAUUUUCUUUUUGUUCUCAAGUAUACACAUACAUCAACCAGCAUGAUAAUGAAGCAUAAAUUACACUUGAAAUACUAUGGUAACAACCAUUAAAACAAUAAACAUUGUAAUUAUAGAUAAAACAUCUAGAAAUAGUUAUUGAAUUUAAAGAAAUAUCUGUUUAAUGAGAAAAAUCAUCUGAUGUACAUGUAUAUAGUUAUGGGGCUAAUAAUCACUUAUCGUCUAAGCUUAGUAACAUUUAAACUAUAAAAUAUCUAUGUUGUUUUUUUUUGUUUUUUUUUUUGAAAAAAAAAUCCCCAAAGAAUAAGAUUUACACAUGACAGGAUUUAAAACUGAAUAUUCAAUUUUCCUUAACAACAAAAAGUCUCAAUGAUGUUAUGUAAGAGAA